AACAUGGCUGCCAUUUGCGGAAGAGUGGGCUCGUAUGCCACUGCCAGAUUUAGAUGGUAUAAUUCCGUCAAAGCAAUCCAGAACUGUAAACUAUCUCUUCAAUCACAACCUGGUGAUGACAAAAACAAGUAUGUAGACUAUAUUGAAUCAAAAGAAGAGUUCAAACACGUUGAGCGUUUACUGCCACAAUUAGAAGUACCACCUCCACCUAAACAUUCACAUUACCCUACGCCUUCAGGAUGGGUACCACCGAAAGAGCCAUCAGAAGCCUGCCCAUAUCAUGUGAGAAGGACUCGCUUUCAUAACUGGCCAGUAUAUGCACUGUACAAAGCAGGGGGAAAUCAACAUCUUACACAAGUUAGACGAAUAGAAGGUGACAUUUGGGCCUUAGACAAAGAUUUGAAAACUCAUUUAGCAUCUAUUAUAGGGGAAACUGUGGUAUCGCAUGUAAAUGAAGUUGCCAUGACUAUCUAUUACAAAGGAAUAUUUGUACAAGAAAUCAAAGACUGGUUAAAAGACAAUGGAUUCUGAUUCAUUUUUUUCUUGUGUAUAUAUCCUGGCCAUCAGGAGCGAUAUUUAAGUUUUGUCUAGAAUUCUUGCAGUAUUGGACAAAUAAACAACUUUUUACUUUAAA